AUGUCGUCUUCAAAGCAGCGCCCUUCGGUUCUGGUAACCGACGCGAGACAGAGACAGAACCCGCGCAAAUCGCUCCAGAGACAGGACACAUCUUCAGCAGCGCAGGGUCGAAAUCCGAUGCGGUUCAUGACCGUAGACAAUGUCCUUCAAUUCAACACGCAGAUACCUUCAGGCCAGCCUCGUCAACCCCCGUUGCCGCCUCAAAGGGGCCCAAUAGCACCCGGAGGCACCGUUCCAGGCCGUCGCAUCCCAUCUGGCGGCCUCGCGAGCAUUCAAACCAGAACAGGCCAGCCUAUGCCCUCUCGUACGACCAAGAUUAGCGAGAAGCUUGUACUGCUCCCCGAGACAGACGACAAGGAGGAUGCGGACGAAGAGGUUGAGAGCGAAGCAGUCCUGGCACGGAGGUUGCAGAGUGAGGAGAAUCGCCCACUGAGCAAUGAAGAGCUGGAUGUUCUGCGACUGAGGGGAGGAGUGCGAGGGAAGAGUUACGCCGAGAGGCUGCCCAAAGUGCAGAGAGCAGAAAAGGUUAGCAGGCUGACUGCAUACUGCACUGCGCAAGCCUUCAAGGUGACCUCUACUGCCGAGUUCCUGAGGAAGAAACACGAUGUUAAAACGAAGAGAUAUGAUGAUUGUCUCUAUGCCAUCUACUCCCUACCACUGUUGAAUGGCACCGAAGGCUAUCGCGUGCGUAGCCGACCUAUCCUCAAAACACCAGGCACUGGGAAAACAGUUUUGGACUUUGAAAUUGAGCGGAGCGAGCGGAGGGACCAUUACGAGGGUUACUUCGACGAGGAUGCCUAUACAAACCCUGGAAGUCCCCAUCGUCAGACUCACAGCGACUCAUCCCACCGGGAUGUCCCUGAAGACCCCUUCCACCCUGACGAGCAUAUGUCUCAUUACAAUAGGCUAGCUCCUGAGACGAAGAAUUUCGCGGAGAUGUUCAUCUUCUCGUACGGUGUCGUCGUCUUCUGGAACUUUUCAGAGCACCAAGAAAAGGACAUUCUCGCUGAUCUGACCUUUGCUGAUGCUGAGAACGGUAUCAGUCUCCUGACACGACCGCUCGAGCAGGACGACUAUGAGACCGAGGAGUUUCACUUUGAAUACAGCGCAGAUGUGAAACGACCGCGGGUGUUCAACGACAUGAUCACACUCAUGCCACGCUCCGACCACAUGAUUAAGCUCACCAUCAGCCAUGCCAUCGCCCAGAGCACAAAGCUGUGCUUUUUCGAGGAGCGGAUGAGCGAGACAAUGUUGGAUGCCCAGCAUGUGCCCAAAACCCUCGCUCUGACAGGCGAGCUCAAUAUGACGAGGACGGAAAUCGUCAAGAUUCUGGGGAGGCUAUUCAAGAGCCGGGUAGAUAUCAAUCUCUCAUCUAAUAUUCUCGACGUCCCCAAUUUCUUCUGGGACUCGGAGCCUACUCUCCACCCACUCUACGCGGCCAUCCGUGAGUAUCUCGAGAUCGACCCCCGGAUCAAGGUCCUCAACGAGCGGUGCCGCGUAUUCCUCGACCUGGCCGAGAUCCUCUCCGACUCCAUCAACCACACCAAGAUGAGCGCAAUCACCUGGAUCGUCAUCGUCCUCAUCGUCCUCAGCAUCCUCGUGUCCGUCACAGAGGUCGGCCUCCGCUUCGCCCUCCUCCAUACCAGCCAGAACAAGAAGAACUCGGCACUCGCUGCCCACCACGUGCGAAGCGACGAGCUGGGCCUCGUGCAACCCCCGCGACUCCUCACCAGCCGAGACCCCGACCAAGUCAGCACCGACAGCCCCAGCAGCGACCUCGAGGUGCUCGCCAAGGCGCUGGGCCUCACCCCCAACGCGACCCUGGCCGACAUCACCGGGAGCAUCAGAGACCUCAAACAGCAGGGUCAGUCAUGUGCCACCUCCUCCACGGACUCGUUACGCAGCAGGUGA